ACUUCUCUCAACAAUAUAAUGCUUUUUGAAGCGAAAAUUGCUUUUGGAAGCGAAUCAAAAUCCAAGCACGACCAGGUUCCUGAAAUUCUUCUGCCUAAGAAAGACUGCUCGAGCUUAUAAUAUAUAGUAGUGGGAUACGCGUGGUCUUUUGGUGUUGAGAGGACCUACUAGUGACAUGAACAAGAAUAGAGGGACGAAAAUGUAAAACUCACCUUGUAUAUACUACUCCCGUGGAGGGAUGGAAGGAUAAGGUCAAUCCUCAAUGUUCCAGACUUCUCUCCCCUUCUUGAGCUAAUCAACAUGGCAUCAGAGCCACCCGUCUCCGGCGAGGCAGCGGCGGCCGUGGAACGGCGUUGAGUGGGUUCGGAGGCGGCGGAAGUUGGUGGUGGUGCUGGUGGUCAACGGCGCUGUGAAGGAGGGCGACCUGGGCCCGUGAGGCGACUCAGUGCAAUGGCGGAACUGAGCAGAGUGCUGCAGCGGUGAAGGAGGUGCUGGGAGGAACAAGGCGGCGAGGAGCAGUGGUUUGAUUUACCACGGGUGAGUUGGCUGUUUGUGUGGUUGCGUGUGGAGGUUGCCCAGGCUGGUGGUGUGAUUAGGGAGGAGAAAGGAGCCGACGGCUAGCUAGUGCGGCGUGCAGAGGCUUGAAUCUGAGAAGUAGAAGUGCAGCGUGUAGAGGAGAUGGCUGAAAUCAAUGAUGCCCCAGCAGUUACUUCCAGUGAGCUUGCGGCUGUAUUGCAGCAGUUACUUCCAGAAGUGCAGGGCUCUGUUUGAUGCAAUCAACAAGCAAGCUAGCAGCUCCAAAUCAGAGGCUGAAAUAAAGGAGGAGAUACAUCCCUUACAGAUGCCACAUGUGAAGUUAGAGGGUCCUGAGAACUAUGUAAGCUGGGCUGAGCAUGCUGAAACCAUCCUGGUUUCAAGGAAAUUGGAAGGAUACAUCCUUGGGACAGUAGAGAAACCUGAGGAAGAAGGUUCAAAAGAAGGCCAAAAAUGGAGAGCAACCAAUGCUUUGGUCAGGGCAUGGCUUCUGAGUUCGAUGUCUUCUCAGAUUGCAAAGCAGGUUGAGAGAAUCAAAGAUGCUUCAGAGAUUUGGAGGCUCCUGAAAGGCACAUAUUCAGGAGUGGGAAAUGAGAUGUUAGCAUGCAAAAUUCAAAAGGAGUUGCAGGAGCUGAGCCAAGGUGAGAGAACAGUGGUGGAAUAUGUGUCUGAACUUAAAAGGUUGUGGAGUGACCUGGACUACUAUGAUCCAGUUGAAAUGGAGUGUGGGAAAUGUAUUGAGAAGCAUAGUAAGUGGACUGAGAGGAGACGUGUUAGAGACUUCCUAAAUGGCCUCCAUCCCAGGUUUGAAAAUAGGAGAGCAGCUCUAUAUGGCAGUGGGAAGCUACCAAGUCUUGAGCAAGCAAUUUCUGCAAUAGCGAGUGAAGAAACUCGGCUAAGGUUGGAGGCAGCAGGAUCGGCUUCACAGGGAGUAACGCAAAGGCGCUCAGCUUUCUUGGCUGCAGGAGGUGGAAGAUACCAAAGAACAGGAGCAGGUAACGGUGAAAGAAAAUGUCUUGAAUGUGGAUCACCAGGACAUCUUGUGGCAGGCUGCCCUAAAUUGAUGGGAGGAGGUCGUGGUAGAGGCCAGGACUGGCAAGGUAGAGCCAGAGGCAGAUUAUUUGAUGCAUGUGGUGGCCGUGGGAGAGGCAUGUUGUUUCCCGGAAGAGCAAACACUUCAGCUGCCGAGGAACUGUCUCAGAAAUUGAGCGUUGAGAUAACCCUCGAUGAGCUAGAGAAGUGGCGUCAAUUCAAGAACCUAAAUCUUGGUGUUGAACUGCCUCAGGAGUCACAUGCAUCAUCCUCUUCAUCAGCAAAUUUUUCUGGAACUUGGAACUGGAAAAGAGAUUGGGACAGGGAGCAUGCGUGAUGGGUUAUAUUACUUGGAUAGUAAUAUAUUUCCUGCAGUGGCUGCUACAGUGUCUCCCUCGUCACUAGAAGAAUUCCUACUUCAACAUCGUCGGUUGGGACAUCUUUCUUUUGCUAUUUUGGGUCAGAUUUACCCUAAUCUCUAUUGUAAAAUUAGUAAAGAACAACUAAUGUGUGAUGCCUGUCAGUAUGGAAAGCAAGUUAGGAGCUCUUAUUUAUCAUCUGAUAAUAGAAGUGAUGUGCCUUUGCAAACUA